AAAGAUUUUUAUCAAUCUAGCAUAAACAAGUGUUGUGUGUAGCACGUUAUAAGGCCUCAUGGCUUUGCUGAAUUUUGUUUCCUUUAUUGGGAACGCCUGUGUUCAAAAGAAAUCGUUAAAGGCUUCGUCAAAUACAGACACUAAACUUAGAAGAUGUUUAACGACAUUGGAUUUAACUUCUAUUGGAAUUGGAAGCACGUUGGGGACAGGCAUCUAUGUUCUUAUUGGUGAUGUGGCAAGAAAUAAGGCUGGUCCUGCCAUUAUAGUGUCUUUUUUAAUAGCGGCUGUAGCAUCAUUUUUAUCUGGCUUAUGUUAUGCAGAGUUUGGUGCAAGAAUUCCAAAAGCUGGCUCAGCCUAUGCGUACUGCUACUUAACUAUUGGCGAGUUAUUUGCAUUUCUCAUUGGAUGGAAUAUAAUCUUGGAAUAUAUUAUUUCAUCAGCUGCAGUGGCCAAAAGUGUCACGAUGAUGUUGGACAGUCUCAUUUAUGGAGUUAUUAAAAAAGAAACUAUCGCACUGCUUGGCGAAAUGCAUGUAAAAGGAUUCAAUCAGUAUUUCGACCUUUUUACAUUUUGCUUAGCCAUGUUAUGUAUGGCAUUUUUAUUAUUUGGUAUUAAGCAGUCAGCCUACGUCAACAACUUUUGCGUCACUGUGAACUUGUUGUCACUGUCAAUUGUAAUAAUGGUGGGUUUAAUGCACGCGAAUUUUGAAAACUGGCACUCGUUUGCGCCAUAUGGCGUCAAGGGUAUUAUUUCUGGCUCAUCUACAUGUUUUUUCGCUUUUGUUGGAUUUGAUGCGAUUGCUACAAUGUCAGAAGAAGCAAAGAAUCCGUCGCUAUCUAUCCCUUUUAGUAUGAUCAGUACUAUUGGUGUAUGUACCGUUCUUUAUAUUGGCGUAAGUGCUACCGUUACGUUAAUGGUCCCAUACUACGAACUAAAUGAAAACGCAGCUAUUUCCGACUCCUUCAGUAAGAUCAAGCUGUACUCAAUGCAUACAUUUGUUGCUGUGAAUGCUCUCAUUACAUUAUCAGGAAGCUUAAUAUUCUCUAUGAUAGCUCCAACGCGUUUAAUAUAUGCAAUGGCAGAAGAUGGCAUGUUAAUGAAUUUAUUUGGAACUGUCAGCGAAAAGGGCGUACCUACAGUUGCAACUAUAGUGGUGGGAAUGAUUAUAGGUUUUAUGGCAGCAGUUUUAGAUUUGAAUUCACUUGUUGAGAUGUUAUCUAUCGGCACACUGAUGGCGUAUUUUGCAGUUGACAUAUGCGUAUUAAUCUUACGGUACCGACCUGUUAAAGACAGUGAAAUGCCUCUGAAUUUAAUUGGAAAUAAGGAAAGUAAAGAUCAGAAAGAAAAAUAUAAAAAUGAACGUUCAACGUCUGUCCGUUCUCCUGAAAAGAACACGAACGAAACUAUGUUGGUACAUGCAUCUCUGUUCUUAAUCAUAUCGACCCUAUUUGGUAUAUGCCUCCUGUUUUCACAGUAUGGACAUAAAUUACUGGAGAAAAAGUUUGGCUUUAUUUUCAUACUAGUGGUAUUACUAAUCAUGUUGUUGGCUGCAUGUUUUUACUUAUCCAGAUUGAAAACAAAUAUAGAAGGUUUGAGUUUCACUGUACCAUUGGUACCUUGGGUACCUGUUAUUGCAUUGUUCUUCAAUAUUUACCUCAUGUUAGAACUAAGUCACUUAACUUGGAUUCGAUUUGGUGUGUGGAUGGCUGGUGGUAUGGUUUUGUAUUUUGGGUACAGCAUACACAACAGUGCAGAGAGAGAGAGCAAUAGUGAAGCAAAUGACCUACAAGAAUAAUAAUAAAAACAGCAAUAACAUCAAUCAGAAACAGCAGGAGCAGAAACAACAACAACAAAAACAACAACAACAAUAGCAACGGCACUACGAUUUUUUAUGCCAGAAUGCUUGCACCAUGUGUUCGAUUCAAUUGACUUUGUACUAAAACAGUUAAUAUUGUAUUUAUUAACUAAUAGCUAUUUUGUUUGGGUUUGUAGAAAACAGGAUUUGCUUGUAAAAAGGUGGUAAAAACCAGGUUUUGAUAAAGAAAGAAAACCUUCGAUUUGAAUUUCAA